AUGUCACAGGCCGUCAAGAGAGCCUGCGAUGCCUGUCAUCGUCGCAAGGUAAAGUGUGACGGCGUCAACCCGUGUCGGAACUGCUCUUCGGCCCAACUGUCCUGCACCUACAAUGCCAUCCCACAAAAGAAAGGCCCCAAGGGCUCACGAGCCAAAGUAAUCAGCGAACUUCGCGAGACGCAGCGUCAGACCAGUCUGUCGGCCAAGGUGCAGAACCGCAUGAUGAACGGCAUCGCUUGCCCGCCUACAAUGUCGGGUUCGGCUCCCACUCCUGGCCUUCUCACCAGCGAACUCGUCAAGGAGUGUGCUCAGUUCUUUUUCGACAACCUCUACCCACAGGCUCCCGUCCUCGACCGACGACAGCUUGAACAACAAGUUCUGUACAUGGAGCAGAACCGCGACGCAUACUGCCUCCUGACGUCUCUUUGCGCCUUCAUCAUGCUUCAGCCAGGCAUGUCCAUGCCGGCUGGUGAUCCUUACAACUUGGACAUGGUCCCCGGUGCCAACAUCAUCUCCAGCCAACUCCUUCUCGAAGAAUGUCUCCGUGUUCGAAAGGGCUACGAGUACCUUGACUGCAUCACUCUGAAUUCACUGGCAACCAACUUCUUCCUGUUUGGCUGUUGCCAUGGCCAGGAAAUGCACGACAGGGCGUGGUACUAUUUGCGCGAAGCUACAACCAUGAUGCACAUGGCUGGCAUGGAUAAGGAGGAGCACUACAUGCAGCUCGACGCCUCCGAGGCAUGUCGACGACGUCGCUUGUUCUGGCUCUUCUUUUCGGUUGAGCGAGCUUAUGCCAUUCAGCGCCAGCGACCCGUCACUCUUCAAGCAACCAUCAAUUUGCCCACUCUCGGCGAUGAUCCCGCCGAUCCCCAGGCACACAUGCUCAAUGGCUUCAUCCUGCUGGUCAACAUGUUUCGGACGUUUGAUGAUGCUUUCCUCGCCAUCUGGAAUAAGACUCGGACUCAGCUAACGUCUCAGUAUAUCCACGGCUUACAAAAGCAGCUCAAUGAAGCGGCUCAAUCCUAUGCUUGUCGGGACUCGAAUUUCCAUGACCUGCACACUAACCAGCAGUGGUUGAAGAGUACAGUCUGGCAGCUGGAUAGCGGUGUCGCAAAUGGCAACUCCGACGAUUCCAUGUCAUUCCAGUAUCCCGUGAGCAUGUCGCGGGAACUGUUGGCCAAUAUGACGUCACAAUUCCCUGUCCAAGCCGUUGAUCUUCUUGGCAAUAGACUGAUUGAGAAGCUCCUGGAGAUGUCUUCGGCGAUGACUGAAUACCUUGCCAUGCAGCCUGCUUCCAAGGAUCCAUUUGCUAUAGGCCCACGCGAGCACCUGAGUCGGAUUCUGUCCAUGGUUGCCGCAGCCCGAAACGGCGAUUAUCGCUUCCUGCCUUUACUCCUCAACAAACUUGGCGACGUUCUGCCUCGCAUUACCGACCCCAUGCUUCAGAACGCCCCUGAGAACUCCAACUUUGCCAACAUUGACAUCUUUGAUGGCUUUGGCACCGCCGGAAUGGCUCAGCCACCCAGUCAGAUGCACAUGACCAUAGAUAACGACUACGACCGCAAAUUUUCCGUUGAAGAGUACGACAAGAAGUAUGCCAUGGAAAUGAACGGCAGUACCCCUGAAUCUGCCACUCACUCCAACCACACCAGUAGUUCUCCGUCAAUUGCGCAUCAAGAGUCGGAUAUGAGUGGUUCUUUUAGCUCUCCAAGUAUCCUGUCGUCGGGUAUGGAGUACUCUCACAACAUGAAUGGAUUUCCAUGCAAUCCAAUGAACGAGAUGGUGAUGAGUCCUAUAGGAAACUCUGGGCCCGCGAAUGCCAGGACACAGGGCCACCAUAUGGGCCACGACGGCAUGCAGCAACGUCUGAACGGAAUGACAGGACAAAAUAUGCAUCAACAAGGCAUCAAUGCCAUGAACACUCUGACCGGCAUGAAUCAGAUCCAACAAAGGCAAAGUAGCUUCCACAUGACGGGUCAAUCACAUAUAGGGGAAUUUCGUAACCUCCAAAGAGGGAAUUCAGAUGCGAACAAUCCAAUGGUUGGCAUGAAUACAUUGGGCACAUAUUAG